AUGUUAAAAUAUGGUUGCAGAGAUACCAGAAUGGGCAGUGGCAUUCGCCGAUAAUCGCCGAUGAACAAGAAGAUGUUCCAAUGUGGAAUCCUGUCUUAUACAAACUUCCAUCAGGGGAGCUGUUGCUGUUCUACAAGAUAGGGCUAGAUUUUCAAAGAUGGAGCGGAUGCUUGAAAAGAUCUUAUAACCAAGGUGUCAGCUGGUCUGAACGAGAACAACUUCCACCAGGCAUAUUUGGACCAAGCAAGAAUAUGCCUAUCUUGCUUGAUAACGGGCUCUUAUUAUGUGGAUCCUCAGUGGAAAGUUGGAAUUCUUGGGGUGCGUGGAUGGAGAUCACUCCAGACGCUGGUAGAACUUGGAGGAAGUAUGGCCCGAUUUACAUAAAGAAUGAAACUCUUGGUGUGAUCCAACCAGUUCCCUACAAGACUGCAAGAGGCACCCUGCGAGUUCUAUUACGAUCAUUCAGUGGAAUUGGUCGAAUUUGCAUGUCAGAAUCCGAUGAUGGGGGCAUGAAUUGGAGUUAUGCAGACUUUACUGAACUCCCAAACCCAAACUCAGGUAUUGAUGGGGUUAAGCUUAAUAAUGGCCUCCUCAUAGUUGCUUACAAUACAAUUUCAAGGGGCAUACUCAAAGUUGCUGCAUCCAUGGAUGAUGGUGAUUCUUGGCAUGAAGCUCUAACCCUAGAAGAAAACUUAGAGAUGGAGUUUUCAUAUCCUGCUGUCAUCCAGGCUAGUGAUGGAUCGGUUCACAUUACCUAUACCUAUAACAGAACCCAAAUUAAGCAUGUUGUCCUUCAUGUUAAUUGACAGUUAUCCUGUCGGCAACAAAAGCCAGUUGAACAAUGUGUAUUUUACCUGACCAUGCAAGUGGAUCGUCACUCAAUCUUCGAUUAAUCAUUCUGUUGUAAAAGUGGAUAGCAGUCUUUGCGUUGCCUAUUCUCAGGAUGACGGCUAUAUCGAGUAAAUGUGAGCUUUACUUUUCCGACACCAAUCUCAGAAGAAUUUCAGAAAGCGAUCAUCAAGUCGGACUCCAGGCAACCAAGACGAAGAAAACGGUUGUCAACUCAGGGUUACACUGUUGGACGGAUUUGUGAGACCUUGCUCAACGUUGUAUCGUGUUGCACCCAUGUAAUGGAAUUCGGGUUGUGUUCAUGUUUCCCUCCAUAUUUGUUUGCCUUGUGCUGUAUCAAUUUUGCUGCAGAAACCUCUGAAUGGUCUAGGUUUA